GUACUAGUUGCAAGUUUUGAAUCUGACCGAACUAUUAGACCUACGUUAGUGGGAAUAUUGAUGAAUCUGCGUCAUGGCGGAAAAGGCAGAAGAGGCAGCUUCUCAAAAUAUAUUGUGUCCUCUGUGCCUGGACGUGUUUGAUAAUGCUUCCAUGUUGAUAUGUGGACAUACGUUCUGCAAGCAGUGUUUAGAGAGGUAUGAUGCCGCCCAUCGAGACCUAGAUCACAUGGUGUGUCCUCUCUGCAGGAAAGUCACUAAGUUGGAUGAAAGUCGAGUCACUGGUCUACCCACAAACUUCACCGUCAAAGGCUUGGUAGACGAGUACCACGGCUCACAUGGUGGGAUAAAUGCUGUUCUGGAGGGUCAACCGAAGUGCACUGCUUGCGAUCUCCAGGGAGAUGCUGUAUCCUUCUGCUACGAGUGUGGCAAUUACAUGUGCACCAAGUGUGACCAUUGUCACAGUCAUCUGACAUCGCUCUUCAAGGAACAUCAGGUUGUGUCCAUGAAAGACGUAGUGGAAGGAACUGCCAGUAUCGGGCAAGUCACAGACAAGUGUUCGGUGCACAAGCCCGGCAAAAAGGAACUUUUUUGCGAAGAUUGCAAAGUAUAUAUAUGUCUGAUGUGCACGGUCCUUAAUCAUCGUGAUCACAAAAUCAAACAUCAGGCCGACCUCGAGAAGGAGAUACGGGAGAAAGUGGAUGAUGUCAUCAAGCGCAGUAACGACAAAAAAUCCGAGUUCGAGAAACAUAUCCAGGACAUUGAAUCCAAACGCAAAGAAAUCGACACCGCUAUCCAAAAGCUGGAAGGUAACAUAAAAGAGGCGUUUACGGAAAAACUAGACAAACUGAAAGAGAAUGAACGGUUGCUUAUCACAGAAACACAGCUACUGCGAGAGAAUUGUGACAAAGAACUGGAUGCCCUGAAAUCUGGUCAUCGACAGAAGAUCAAGGCUAUUUCAAGCUCUGUGAGCCUCGUGGCCAAAGGAAGGUUGAGACAUUUAGAGAAAGACAGUCUGACGGCGCACUCAUUAAUCUCCAACGACCUGGAAGGUCUCUUGGAGGAAGCUAUUGAUGAGGCACCUGUAACCGACUUAAUGACACAUAUUACCUCGACACUGUUCAUACCGGCAGGAGAUACGCUACUUGAUCUUGGUCGUGUGUCAAUUGUUUCAUUGGCAAUAGGAAAAGUGGUUGACCUACCAUAUCCAAUGAGUGGCUUAACACGAUUAUCUGAGGAUUCGAUGCUUGUUGGAUAUCAAAAUGGCAGGUACGGCGCGCAGAUAAAGUGGUUACGAGUCUAUGACAGAGAUGGGAAAUAUGGUGAUCCUAUAGCAGCCAAAGAGGGGGAAUACCUCUACCCAGCAGUAGAUGGGGAAGACAGGGUGUUCAUUGCGAGUGUCAAUCAGCCAGCUGGUAGAAUACAUAUCUCCCUUUACCGUCCCGAAGGUUUGAAUCUCAGGAAAGCGAUAGAGUUCGAGAAGCUUGAACUAGCACUGAGUAAUACAUGGUGUUACCUAAUUUCUCUAUCCCGCAAUACACUUGCAUUCGCUUGUGGUAAAAAGGUGUAUUUCCUUACCAUUCCAUGGCUUGGAGCAGCCCCUAGUGCACACGUACCCUCCGUCAUGGCGGAAAAGGCAGAAGAAGCAGCUUCUCAAAAUAUAUUGUGUCCUUUGUGCCUGGAUGUGUUUGAUAAUGCUUCCAUUUUGAUAUGUGGACAUACGUUCUGCAAGCAGUGUUUAGAGAGGUAUGAUGACGCCCAUCGAGACCUAGAUCACAUGGUGUGUCCUCUUUGCAGGAAAGUCACCAAGUUGGAUGAAAGUCGAGUCACUGGUCUACCCGCAAACUUCACCGUUAAAGCCUUGGUAGACGAGUACCACGGCUCACAUGGUGGGAUAAAUGCUGUUCUGGAGGAUCAACCGAAGUGCACUGCUUGUGAGCUCAAGGGAGAUGCUGUAUCAUUCUGCUAUGAGUGUGGCACUUACAUGUGCGCCAAUUGUGACUAUGGCCAUAGUCAUCUGACAUUGUUCUUCAAGGGACAUCAGGUUGUGUCCAUGAAAGACGUCGUGGAAGGAACUGCACAUAUCGGGCAAGUCAGAAACAAGUGUUUGGUGCACAAGCACGAAAACAAGGAUCUUUUCUGCGAAGAUUGCAAAGUAUAUCUAUGUCUGAAGUGCAUGAUUGUUAAUCAUCGUGAUCACAAUAUAAAAAAUCAGGCCGACUUCGAGAGGGAGAUUCAGCAGAAAGUGGAUGACAUCGCCAAGCGCAGUAGCGACAGAAAAAAGGAGUUUGAGAAGCAUAUCCAGGACAUUGAAUCCAAACGCCAAGAGAUCUACACCACUAUCCAAAAGUUGCAAGGUAACAUAAAAGAGGCAUUCAUGAGAAAACUUGACAAACUGAAAGAAAAUGAGCGGUUGCUUAUCGCUGAAACACAGCUACUGCAAGAGAAUUGUGACAAAGAAUUGGAUGCCUUGAAGUCCGGUCAUCGACAUAAGAUCAAGGCUAUUUCAAGCUCUGUGAGCCUCGUGGCCAAUGGAAGGUUAAGACAUUUAGAGAAAGACAGUUUGACAGCGCACUCAUUAAUCUCCAAUGAACUAGAAGGUCUCUUGGAGGAAGUUAUUGAUGAGAAACCUGUAGCCGACGUAAUGACACAUAUUACCUCGACACUGUUCAUACCGGCAGGAGAUACGCUUCUUGAUCUUGGUCGUAUGUCGUAUCCUCGUAUGGCAAUAGGAAAAGUGGUGGACCUACCAUACCCAAUGAGUGGCAUAACACAACUAUCUGAGGAUUCGAUUCUUGUUGGAUAUGGUAGUAGCAGGACCGAUGCAGAUAAAGUGGAAAUCAAUGGAAGCGUGCAAAAAUGUACAAAAACAGGUUUUUAUGUCUAUGACAUCGCCCAUCAAAGCAAUUCAACGAUUGUGGUGUCAAGAGAGCAAAGAAAAAUAAGAUUUUCUAGUGCUAAAGACUGGUCCUCGACAUCAGAAAGAACAAUCUCAAAUGAUACAGGAAAUUCAUCCCCAUAUUUAACUGUUAGCUCUGAGAAUGAAAUCAUAGCGGCGAACAGAAAUGAUCGGAUUCAUAUCUUUGAUCCUACUGGAAGCACAAGAAAGCACUCAAUUGCUACAUUGGAAAAACCAUGCCAAGCCCUUGCAACCAAGACAGACGUUAUCAUCUCAAGUUCUUGCAACAAUACUCCCAGCAGAGUACGAGUCUAUGACAGAGAUGGGAAAUCGGGUGAUCCUAUAUCAGCCAAAGAGGGGGAACAUCUCUACCCAGCAGUAGAUGGGGAAGACAGGGUGUUCAUUGCGAGUGUCAAUAAGCCAGCUGGUAGAAUACAAAUCACUCUCUACCGUCCCGAAGGUUUGAAGCUCAAGAGAGUGGUAGAGUUCGAGGAGCUUGAACUAACACUGAGUAAUACAUGGUGUUACCUAGUUUCUGUAUCCUGCGAUACACUUGCAUUCGCUUGUGGUAAAAAGGUGUAUUUCCUUUCUAUUCCACCUGGAAUAGUUCCUGUGGCUGCAGAAUAACCAGAAACCAAAAGCCAGAGUUGUCUUUAAUUUUUGUGUUCACAUGAUAACAGUUCUCAUGGCGUCUGAUAGUGUUAUAUCCCCUAAAUGCUAGUUAUAAUAUGGACAAGUGCUACAUAAUAACGUACAUGUAACUAAGUACAAAAUACUAUAUUCGUAAGCAUUAAGUUUGAGUGUAUUGGAUUUGUUCUUGUAAGUACAAGAAAAAUAUAUGUCAAAGGUCAUUGUGAUUUCAAGUAGUUUACAUCUGUUAUGUAUCCCCCUAAGAUGGCGCAAUUGAAAAUACAUUACCGUAGUGGUAGCAUUGUGCAUAAAUUCCCCUGACUUCAAACAUUUUAUAUACCUGAAAUGGACACUCAACAAGUUAAAGCUGUUCGAUAUCGAAAAUAAUCAUGUCAAAUCUUAUGAAUGUAAUAAUAGUCAAUGGGUUCAUGUGUACAUGUGCUCCAUACAAUGUACUACCAGUAUACUACACAAUUAUGUGCAUGUCAUUACUUGGAAACCAUUUGUUGUUUGUGUAAGUUUGAGUAAUUGAGUUAUAUGAUUAUUUCCUGUAUAUUUUUGAUAAAUACACAAUCGUUCAACGUUAAAACAAACCAAUUUGUUUCCCCUCUAUUCAAUGAUUGUUAUUAAUGAUUGAUUUGUCAUAGAUUACCUUGGAAAUUGAACGAGGUCGACCUUGGCUAGCUUUUACUAUUUGUUGGCUCUAUCUAUUGACCCAAAUGUCUUUAGUAGUUGUUAGUUGUUACAGAGAAAUUCAACAAGUAGUUUGUGAUGCGUGUGAUGCCUUGAUGUUUUGUUCAGCAGCUGCGUUUUGUAAAUCCAUGUACUAUUAUACACUGCAGCUAUUGUUUUGCAGUUGUCCAAAUUCUAUUCUGUGUAUUUUUCAUUGAUGGUUGUGUACAUUGCAUUUUAAAAGAAUGGAAUGGACUGUAGUCAAUUUGAACUUAUUUUGUAACCUCAAUUUACUGCUUUGGGAAGCUCACUUUUAAAAACAGACCAAGGAAAGAUAAUCAUGCACUCCCAAUCAUAAUUUUGUAGAGCUGCAAUUAUUUGUAAAUAAUAUGCAUAAACCUACUCUGGUCUCUUCAAAAGAUGAUGUUGACAUGAUUGAACACCUUUACAUGUAUUAGCCAGUGUUGGGUUGAACUUGAGUGGUAAUGAGGGGCCAAGUGUUUAAAGGUUAAUUGGAGAUUCGCAGAUAGGAUAAAACUGUCGGUUUGAGUUGAUUUCAGAUCAUAGGAUAGGAAGGGAGAAUCCGUUCCUGUAUGUUCAAUUGCAAUCAAAGUAUGUUAUUAAAUGAUCAACAAGUAUACACUAUAAUAAGUAAAUGUUGUGGCCGCUUGUGUAAAUGUUAGUCCAUUUUCUUCACUUACAAAUAGUUAAUGUUAGAAGAUUCGUUUGUAUACAAGUGU